GGCUGGACGCGGGGCUGCCCGUCCCGGGCGCUCCGUGCGGCCGCUGCCGGCGGGAGCUCCGGAGCAGAGCGGGCCGGGCGGGUGCCGGCGGCGGCCUGUGGCUCGGCACUCGCCGAGCUGAGCUCUGACGAAGACUCUGGAGCACAGGUCCUGUGAGGAGCGGCCGAGGGUGUUUAGCCUGGAGAAAAGGAGACUUGGGGGCGGCUUCUGGAUUUCUGCAAAUGCCUGAAAGGAGGCUGUGGGCAGGGGGAGGUCGGUCUCCUCUCCCAGGCAACCAGGAGACAGAGCUUUAAGCUGCACCACGGGAGGUUUGGGUUGGGCAUUCACGGGAAGGGUGACGAAACAUCGGAAUGGACUGCCCAGGGAGGUGGUUCAGUCACUGUCCCUGGAGGUGCUUUAGGAAAGACUGGAUGUGGCACUUGUGCCAUGGUCUAGUUGACAAGGUGCUGUUUGGUCAUAGGUUGAACUCGGUGGUGUCUGAGCUCUUUUCCAACUUAAUUGAUCUUGUGAUUCCGUGACUGCGGGAUGUGCCGCAAGGUAGUGGGAAAACGGCUUGGAAAACUCUGUUCUCAUGAGCAGCGAGCAAGUUUCCAGCAGCUGUGUGUUGUACCUGUUACUAGCGGAAGAGGAGGAGGAGGAUGGGGUGCCUCUAACCAGAGAUACAGCAAUGUUAUCCAGCCAUCUUCAUUCAAGUCUGAUACAUGGGGUGGCAGCAGAGAUCACGGAAGAGGAUUUUUUGGCUCCUCUGACUUUGGAUCAUCAGGCGGCAGCAGCAGAAAUGCAGACUUUUCCCAGAACAGGUUCUCUGCCUUAGCCAACAGUCAGAGUGUCGCUGAUGGCUCUAAAGAUGAAGAGGAGAGACUUCUAGAAUGUGUAGUGAAAGACAUGGAAAUUUGGGAAUCUUCUGGACAAUGGAUAUUUUCAUGUUACUCACCAAUGAAAGAAAAGCCGAACGUCUCAGGCUUUUCAGAUGUCUCACCAGAAGAGCUGCGUCUGGAGUAUUAUGACAGCAGAGCAAACAAUAUCAUUGGGAAUUAUAUGGAUGCUGUCCAGAAGUUAGCACUACAAUGGAAAAAUCGGCUACUUCAGUUGAAAGCUUUAAAUGCAUCAACAAAAGCAGCUUUGCUCUCUGCUUUCAAGACCACGGGCACUCAAGCAGCACCUGCCUUUGGAAUGGGAGGACAGCAAACCUCAGGCUUUGGGCUGUCAAACUUUCCUGUAAGCAGCAGCAGCAGCAGUACCAGUGCAAGCAGUUUCUCCUUUAAAGCCAGCUCCAGCCUCAUCAGUUCAACAUCAUCUGGGAGCAGCCCUGCUGCUGGGAGCUCUUCUGCUGCUGCAAAUCCCCCUGCAUUUGGGACAGCAUCCUCUCCCAGCACACCCCAAUCCCUUGGCUUUGGCAGCCCGGCCACUCCAUCCGCAGCCUCCUUCUCCUUCAAAGCAGCUGCCCCGGCUGGUGGCUUUGGGACUUCUGGCUUCUCAGGCUUUGGCAGUGCUUCUGCUGUGAACUCUGCAAGCACCACUCCAGCAGCCUUUGGAGCCUUUGGUGCCACCGUAGCCCCUUCUGGCUCGCCUUCCAGCGGUGCUUUAUUUGGACAGCGCGCCAGUGCCUCUGGGCAUCCUGUCACCUCAGCAUCUGCUGCAGCCACCAACUCCAGCCCUGCCUCAGAGAAGUUAUUCACACCCAAGAGCGAACUGUCAGCUGAAGAGUGGCAACAGUUUGAAGCAAAGGAGUUCACAAUUGGAAAGAUUCCUCUUAAGCCACCACCAUUAGAACUUUUAAAUGCUUUCGACCUUUUAAGUUUAUUCAGAAGUAACAUGUUUUGAAAUGAAAUAAAAUGCUACUUUGAACUUUUGUUUCAUCUCUCAAGUCUCCUGCAGGAAUAAAAUUACAAGUAUAAACAUGUGGACAUUGUAUUUUAUAAUUUCCUGGUUAUUUUGGGACAAACUUUUUACAUCUGAGAAAUGAACUAUUAAAAAUAAAAUGGAACAUUUUCUUCUA